AUCCAUUACCACUGAUCCAUCAGCACCUGUGACCUGUGUCUCUUCCAGUAGUAGGCACACACACUUGGGGAUCCCUCCUCGAUGUCCUGUGGGCGGACACACCCCUAGUCGGGUGCUGCGGUCUCUCGGACAUCACCCCCUGACCUGCGCUGGGAACCCAACCGCCAGUAGAGCUCAUUCGCCACCAAGGUGUAUGCCAGACACAAACAUCCUUGGAAUAACAAUCCUGAGUUCAGGAGAAGCGGAGCCUUCGUGAGCCCCCGGAAUGGGACGUUUCUCUCCCUAGGAGCAGUGAGAAGCCCCUCAUAGAACAGCUCUCCGAAGCGCUUGUAAGGACACCUGCCCUUGAAUCAGCUCGGGAGCAACGUGUGUGGGUAGGCGCCCGCAUCCCUGCAGCCCCAGCAUGCAUUGCAGAUCUUACUUGUUGCUGGAGAAAGAAUUCAUGGAGCUCCGAGAACAAAACCUAUUUGGCAUAACUGUUACUCCACUAAGUAAUGAUUUGCUCAAAUGGCUAGCUGAAAUUGAAGGCCUGAAGGAUACGAUUUGGGAAGGAUUGACGUUCCCGCUGUUAAUGAAAUUUUCUGUGAACUACAACAAUGUCCCUCCAGUUGUGGCGUUUAGUACUAUUCCCUUCCACCCCAAUGUUGACCCUGAAUCUGGCCGACCGUGUAUAGAUUUUCUAGAUAGCCCCAAUCACUGGGAUAGUAACUACACACUAAGUAGCAUCUUACUUUCUAUCCAGGUUAUGCUUUCUAAUCCAACAGUCUACAAUCCCGUUAAUCAUGAAGCAGCCAGAUCGAUGAUAGAAGAUAUAGAUUUGUUCAGACAGCUAGCCAUGAGGUCUCUCUACCAUGGCCAGAGUUUGGAUGAGGGGAAUGUUCGUGAAGAGCAUCCUGCAGUCAGUUUCAAUUUAGUAGAAGAAGGAACGCCUGGAGUAGCUGAAAAAAACGUUAAAGGAAUUUCCUUUGAUGAAUACUAUAAGACGUGGUCUGGAAUUGCGACGUCACAAACGACUAACUGUUUCAAAAUUCCAGUGUCUCACGAUCUAAAUGAAAGCUACAAAAACUGGAAAGUAAAGAACAUAAAGUCAGGUCGGGACUGGGAUGCAAAGUUUCAUUCCAUCAUGGCUAGAAUUGCUCGGGAAAAUAGGUUACCUACAAGGUUAGAUAGAAGCUUAAUACAGUCCAUCAAGAAUGCACAGAUCUACACACCAGACACAGAUACAAAGGUUUUGGGUUCAGAAAAUAAAGAAGAAGUUGUCAAAAAAAAGCGUAGAGGAAAAGAGAAGAAGAAAAAGAAGAAGAAGAAGAAAAGUCCCAAAGAAAGUGAUGAUAUGGAUGAGUCCUGGGAAAAAGAAGUGGAGAAUCUGGUAGCCUGGACCAAUAAACUCAACACAACUAUGCUAGAAGACUGAGCUUCACACUGGAAGUGAAGAAAGAACUCUCUCCUGUCUUUCCCAGGGUCAAGGCACUUGGUGGAACCCAUGGUGCUGGCGCCUGUCCUUCUGAAAUCCUUUUCUUAUCCUG